AUGCCGGCCAAGCCGUUCACCCCUACCGACAACGAGGCGUUCAACCAGGCCGUCGCGGCUGCCAACAAGUUCAGCGACGAGGGCGUGCAGGUCAGCAAGGACGACCAGCUCAGACUCUACGGCCUCUUCAAGUUCAGCAUCGGCGAGGAGGCUCCCAAGGGAGGCCUGUUUGAUCCUACUAGAAGAUACAUGUACGACGCCUAUAAAAAGGUCGUGGAUGAGGGCAAGACCGUCAAGGAGGCUCAAGACGAAUAUGUCGCUCUGGUGGACAAGCUCAAGGCGAGCGGCGACAAGGCGUGA